UUACAACCCUGUUAGUGAGCAAUUCACCUUUGCCAAGAUAAUCCAUCCACCAGACAGGUGUGACAUAUCAAGAAGUUGAUUAAAUGGCAUUACACAGGUGCACCUUGUGCUGGGGACAAAAGGCCACUUUAAAAGGUGCAGUUUUGUCACCCAAAAUAAUGCCACAGAUGUCUCAAGUUUUGAGGUAGUGUGUUAUUGCCAUGCUGACUCCACGAAUAUCCACCAGAGCUGUUGCCAGAUAAUUUAAUGUUCAAUUCUCUACCAUAAGCUGCCUCCAACGUUGUCCAGUGGAUUUUGCCUGCUAUUUUUGUUCAGUGUUUGUCUUUCUGUUGUUACAUUAUACUAAUUGCUACUGAUUUCAUCAACACACACACAUUAGAGGGGGAGGAAAUAUAGAAGUAAAAAGAUGCCAACCAUUGUGAUAAAAUGUUAAUUUCUCAGUUUAUUAAUUGUUAUCAAAUAAACGUCACAAGACAAAUAUAGCACAACAAAUACAAUAGCUACAACCAUGCAAAUAUAAAGGGAAACUCCUCUUUGGGUUGGUGGAGAACAUUUACAUUUUCCAAUCAAAUCUCAGUAAUUUGAUUGAUGUUUCUGCAUGCUCGUUGGCCAGAUACUACUUUAAAUCGACCAAGUUUCCCCUGUCAUCAUUUUCUGAGUGAACUCUGAUCAUUGAGCAAGCUGUGUCACAAUUUCAUUGAUAUAUCCGUUCAUGUAGAAACGAGUCAUAUGCUUUUUAUUCUGCGGUGGAUGCUAAAUGGGUAGAAGUUGACUCACGGUUGGUUUGGUAAAUCCUAUGCAUUCUUUCGCUUUAGACCGACAGAUGUUCUAUGCAUGUCAAAACCGAAGGCCACCUGACAGACUGGAACAGUAAGGAAGCUUAAUUGCUUUGACAAUUUUAUCAAAUACGUUUUUAAUGAAAGUCAAUUGCACUUUUGAGAUCGUGUCGCCUGUUCGGGUGUCUAGACGGAGAAUGAAAAGACCCAUGCCUGAAAUGAAAAGGGCGAGGAGGCCCGACGUGAAACUGGUUAUAUUGGGGGACAUGAACGUUGGGAAGACCUCUCUGUUACACAGGUACAUGGAUAAACAGUUCAAUGAUACCAUUAGUACCGUCGGCGGUGCGUUCUACUUAAAGCAGUGGGGACCCUACAACAUAUCGCUUUGGGACACCGCAGGUCGGGAGCAGUUCCACGGGCUCGGCUCCAUGUACUGCCGGGGCGCGUCCGCUGUCAUCCUUACCUACGACGUGACCAACUGGCAGAGCCUGGCCGAGCUGGAGGAGCGCUUCCUGUCUCUCACCGACACAACCAAUCACGACUGUAUCUACGCCGUGGUGGGCAACAAGGCUGACCUUACUGACCCCCCCAAUGUGGAAGAAGACUAUGAGGGGGGUUACCCCGUCCACACACCGCUCUAUGCCUGCCACCUCAUCCCUCCAGCCUCCCCUACUACGGUCUCCCCCGUGGCCAACCGAGAGGUUCGAAAGGAGGACGCCGUGGCGCUCUACCAGCGUAUCCUCCGGUACAAGGCGCUGGAUGAGUGUGUGAGCCCGCCUGCAGAGCGGAUGUGCUUUGAGACGAGCGCCAAGACGGGUGCCAACGUGGACGAGUUGUUCGAGACGCUGUUCGAAUUGGUGCUGCCGUCCAUCCUGAGGAUGAGGUCGGAGAGCGAGGCCUCACCCACCAUUGACCUGGAGGACUAUGGGCCGGUGUCCAGCAAGCAAACCAAGGGGGGCUGCUGCUGAACGGUGUAGGGUGAAGUAGCCCCAAUAUGCUGAUCUUGGGUCUAUUUUGCAUUUUCCCCACAUGGGUAAGGUUAGGAUUGUGGGAGGCGAAGCUGAUCCUAGAUCUGUACCUUGGGGAACGUUUACCCCAGAGCCUGCUGAAGACAAGGAAGUAGUCUUGGGGAGAAUCUCAAUUGUAUACUCCUCGCCUCUUCUCUCCUAGUAUUCUUCUCAUAACCCAUUGGAUAAGAAAGCCUGAGGUCCCUUCCCUCUGACCAUCUCCAAACCUAUUGGAGGAGCUGGAGAGAGGAUGCGAGGAGUAUGCAAUUGAGAAUCUUCCCUGGAGUUAGGGGUUGGUAUUCACAGACGUACACAUACGUACACCCACAUUGUUUCUACUUUAAUACAGAGGGAUUACUCAUCAAGUGAGCUCAACUGCUCAGCUAGGCCAGGUUACCGAACAGGCACUGGGCAUGUGCCCCCGGGCCCCUAACCCAUGUUUUUGUUGCAUAUGAUACCAAAAUGUGUAGAAUUGUAGGAAAUGUAGGUUUAAAACUGCAAAAUUAUCUUAACCUCAUGGCAAAAUGUGAACAAAAUUAGAUGCAUUAUAAAAUACCAAUAAAACCAAAAAUCUGCCCAAUGGCAAAAGUGUAGAAUUGUAUGAAAUUGGCUUUAAAACUGUAUUUGUCAAAAUUUGCUCUUAACCUGAUGACAAAAUGUGUAGAAUAGCAUUAGAAAACUUCACUUUUUUCUCUCUGCACCAUGGCAAAAUGUGCUAAUUCUGUAAGUAAAUCCAGUAGUCCGGCACUGCUGUUCAGAUUUGAUGGUUUCACACUAAAAAGGAAAUGUCACUUGUUUUUUAGUCAAUUCUGAUCUUGGGGAAUUUUUGGACUGAGUUGCACAAAAAUGUCACUUUUCUGAGCUGUUUGUCCUUGAUAGAAAAAUGUAGUUUCACUUGAUUUUUGUGGCAUUUGCCAUUUUCAGACACCUUUUUAUUUCUUUGUCUUUGUUUACCAUCUGCCUAAAUUAAAGCCAUUCUACCUCCAAUAAUAGUUA